ACAGCCGCAGGCAUAGAGGAAGAAGACUGGAAUGAUUGGGCUGGAUGUCUAUCUGUAUCCAGAUGGUCUUAGGGUUGCUACAUCAGAAGAUAUAGAGAAGUGGGAAUCCGAGAGAGAAAUGUUUGAACCGAAUGUGCGUCUCUUUGUGGCUCUGUUCUCAUAUAACCCUGCGGUAAUGUCACCAAACCCUGAAACAAUGGAGGAGGAACUGCCUUUUGAACAAGGACAGAUCAUUAAAGUAUAUGGAGAUAAAGAUGCGGACGGCUUCUAUAGCGGAGAGACGGGUGGUCGCUUCGGUUUUGUGCCAAGCAACAUGGUUUCUGAGAUUCCUGUGGAAGACGGAGAGCUCAAACUUCGUCUGUUCCAGCAGGGGUUUUUACCAGAGGAGACGCCUUCCAUAGCACCCAGUGAAACGUCUAGUGUGCCGGAUGAUGUGAAGGUCCACAGGAUGGUGGCCGUUUUUGAUUAUGACCCAUGGGAGAGUUCUCCAAACAUGGAUAUUGAGGAUGAGCUUCCUUUUCGUGCAGGAGACAUUAUAUAUGUUUUUGGAGAAAUGGACAGUGAUGGAUUUUAUUAUGGAGAUCUACAUGGUUACCGAGGUCUUGUGCCAUCAAACUUUUUGCAACCCCUGCCUUGGGACUAAAGGAACUGAGCAAUCAAAAAUCAGGAACAGGAGCAUGACCUCAGAUUGUGAAUAGAACCCACUUUACUGAAUUCAACUCCAGCUCCAGUUUUUUUUUUUUUAAUUUUUUACCAUAUAACAUAUCUUGUUUCCUGUAAUGUACAUGAUGUAUCAUGUCUCUAAAUGCACUUGACCUUUCCACUACGUAUGCACUAUGCUUAGCAUCAAUUAAAUACAUAAAAGGAAAUUAAUUUCUGAUUUAUAAAAGAGCUUUUGGAAGCAGCUAGUGCAUCAUAGCCUUAAAAGACUGAUAAUGGUAAGUUAAGAAUUAUUGUUUUAUAUUGAUUUAUGUGUCUUCUUUUCAA